AAUACUUGAAUACUUUUUAUUUAUAGUGUUUUAUGUGUAUUUCAAUUAAAUUACAUUGAAGUAUAUAAAGGACAACUAAAUUAUUUUAUUUGAACGUUUGGAUACAUGUUAAAUUCCUAUUCAGUGUUGUUAUAAAUUCCGAUAACCUAAUUAUUCAUUGUUGUUAAACACUUCAACACUUGCCUAAAUCUUAUCAAAAACUUCAGACGAUAACAAUGGCAGACGACGAAGUAGAUCCAAAAGAGUAUCGUUGGGAAACCGGCUAUGAGAAAACCUGGGAGGCAAUUAAAGAAGAUGAGGAUGGUUUGGUGGAAGGCCUGGUGGCGGAGUUCGCCCAAAAGGCAGCUCGGAAGGCAGCGGCGCCGCGCAAAGGGCCCGUGAGGCUUGGCAUGAUGCGGCAUCUUCUGGUAGCCGUGGACUGCUCCGAGGCGAUGAGCUGCCAGGACAUAAAGCCUACUAGAUUCCUUUGCACACUAAAGUUGUUAGAGAGAUUUAUAGAAGAAUUCUUUGAUCAAAACCCCUUGAGUCAACUGGGCCUGGUGCUGAUGAAGAACAAGAGAGCAGAGAGGCUGACUGAAAUGUCAGGGAAUGUUAGAAAACACAUAAAGGCUGUACAAGGCUUGUCAAAUAUAGCCCUGACUGGUGAGCCCUCACUGCAAAACACAUUGGAGUUCGCAAGCCGAGUCCUUAAGCCCCUUCCUGGACAUGCUUCAAGAGAACUUCUAGUGUUAUUUGCCUCACUCACUACUUGUGAUCCGGGGGACAUAACUACAACUAUACAGAGUCUCAAGACCGACGGUAUCAGGUGUAGUGUAAUAGGAUUGGCAGCUGAAGUCAGGAUCUGUAAAAAGUUGUGUCAAGAUACUGGAGGCGAAUAUGGGGUGAUACUAGACGACGUCCACUACCGAAGCCUCCUACUGGAGUGCACGGCGCCGCCGGCGCGCGCGCGCAGCCUGGACGCGGGGCUCGUCAAGAUGGGCUUCCCGCACGCGCCGCCCUCCGAGCAGGACAACAGCGCGCCCCCGCCCGUCACGCAGUGCAUGUGUCACUUGGAAGAGGGCGAAGGCGUAGGCACAGAAGGGCACCUCUGCCCGCAGUGUCGCAGCAAAUACUGCUCUCUGCCGGCGCAGUGCCGGACUUGCGGCCUCACGUUGGCGUCAGCGCCACAUCUAGCUAGAUCUUACCAUCACCUGUUCCCUGUGGAGCCGUAUGAAGAAAUACCAAACGAAGGCCAAGCUCAGUACUGUUUUGGGUGUUUAAGGCCUUUUGUGGAACUUGAUAAAGAAUUGCACCGCUGCCCGCGUUGCCGCGAGCAUUACUGCUGGGAGUGCGCGAGCGCGGUCGCGGCGACACUGCACGUGUGUCCUGCUUGCGCCUCGCGUCCACACCUGUACCAGCGGCUGCCAGACCACGAGUGAAGCGAGGACAUGUUAGUGUGUAGUUUAAUUCUUUCGGCAGUGAUUGAGGAUGUCACAAUCCACGACCAUAGACUUUUCAAGGGUGUUCCCGUUCAAACCUGUACCAGUGGCUUUCGGACCACGAGUGAAGUGAGGACAUGUAUGUGUCACUUGUUUGUGAGCUUUUGUCGCCGACUGCUGGCAAUUAUUGAGUUUGUUACCGUGUACGGCCUCGGGAUGAUAAUAGUUUAUCGGACUACUAUUGGAACCAGCUGCUGGCAGACCGUAGUGAAGUGAAGACAUAAGUUAGUGUGUGUAUACAUAUACAUAUUUACGAACACUGGUUCGGACGCUCGCUUCAGUUUGAGCACAUUUCACGGCUACGACUACUGAUAAGAAGCUGUUAUUGAGGUAGUAACAUGAACGCAAGCAGACGAAAUAUUUGAAUGUUUCAUUUUUAAGGUUUUCAAUUUCAUGGAUCCUUACGCAUGAUCGCAGUCGUAGAUGAGAUGAGAUGACGCACAAAUAUUGACAAAUCUAGACAGCUGAAACAGAAUGUGCUAUACCUAUGCGUAACUGUGGAAGAGCGUCAUUCAGUGAUCUUCAGUUGUCAAACAUUGUACUAUUUAUUGUAUAUUCUGUACUGGUAUUAUUUUCUUCCAUCCAUCAUUUCAACAUAUCGGGGCCAUAAGUUGAAAAGUGACAUUUGAAUAUCAGUCUUAUUGUUACGUGAUAAAGUUCAUGUUCAUAAUCGACCGCUGGUACGGAGACUGCUGUAUAUAAUCGGCUAAAGUCGCAAGCCCCUAACUAAAGGUCAU